CGAAAAACUCCCAGCCCCGGUGGGCCGGCACAGGGCGAAGGCAGGAGCCAGCCAGCUCACCGGAUGGGGAAGGAGCCCGGCGCGCGCUGGGGCUGUCGCUGGCCAGGCGUUUGUGCAGCGGAGCCGAGCCGGCCGGCCUAGUAACACAGGCGAGAGCGGGGAGGGAACCGAACUGGCCCAGGCCCAGGCCGACACAGCUCUGAGCCUGCCCCCCCCUUGGCCAAGGCCAAGGACUCCAGGUUGCUGGGCCCCGUGACCCCUGAGCCAUGGCAAGCAACAACGGUGGCUGGGGUCCUCCCCAGCCCCACAAGCCGAAUGGGAAACCGGAGCAGUUCAAAUACUCAGGUGUCGUCAAGAAAAAGGAUUUGGAAGUUUAUGUCGGAAAUGUCCCGCCUGAAAUGAAGGAGGAGGACAUAUUGCUCCUGCUCAGGGACUUCCACCCGCAGCGUAUUAAAAGGUGCCAUUCCGGGUUGAGAAGCUAUGCCUUUGUAGAUCUCGGCUCCUCUGAGCAGGUGCAGGCCGCAAUCCAGCGCUUCAGCGGGCACCUCGUGAACGGACGUCGCCUGUUUCUGAGCCGCACGGGCACAGGCAACAGGAGGAAGGACCCGGCUGGGACCCAGAGCACCGUGGGAAUGCCCGCUUUGGAGAGAGUCCCCAGAGGAGAGCUUGGUCUGAGUCAGGCAAAGGCAGAGAACCAAACCCUGCAGCCGGCACCUCCCGAUGCAGUGAGGCAGAUCUGUUACGCGGUUCCCAUGGAAAUGAGGGGUUCCUUCUUGGCCCUCAUGCUGAAAGACUGCUUUAAGGAUUUGAACUGGUUGGUGUCCAUUGCAAAGCUGCACGGAGAGGCGGGGCUGCUGGUGACGGAUGCUCUGCCACAGACCCCGUACUUCUGGGCCAUACACCUCACAGAGGAAAGUCACUCGAACAUGCACAGGCUGUUCUGCCAGCUGGCGGAAGAGGAAUCCAAGCAGCCCUACCUGCCGAAGCAGGCGGUGCAGCGAGGGACCCGGUGCAUGGCAGAGUGCAUUCUGGGGGACGACGGCGCGGCGUGGAACAGGUGCUGGGUCUUGGAGAAAGUGGAAGAUCUUGCAGUAGUUCUCUUUGUGGACUUUGGCCGUUCGGCCACUGUCCCUCUGAACUCACUGCGGAAGCUGGAUGAAGACGAUUUCUGGGACAUAAAACCGCUGGCCCAGCCCUUCAUGUUCCAAAAAGAGAUGGUCUCUGCAAGACCCAUGAUCCGGCAAAUCCUGCAAGGGAAGGUGGUUGGCCCGUCUCGCCUGGAGCCUCACAUCCUGACAUUCACCUUCUGCGCCGAGGAGGAAGAGGAAGCUGGGGACCCUCAGGAGCUCUGAGCUGAAGUCCCCUGCCUCUAGCUGCCCAAAGCAGGAGGGGGCAGAGAACUGCUGGACCUUGGAAAAGUCGUCUUCAACCUGAACCAGCCUUAUUAACUAGCUGCAGUGGUGUGAUUGGGGGGAGGGGGCAUCUCUUAUUUCUCCAGGUUUAGUGAUAGCUAAAAGGGGAUAUCUCGUUUUGAUUUUUUCCUGUAAAAUUGUGAGGGAGCUGGUAACUGUCCCUCUGGCACCUAACUAUUAAAUGGACCCUGGAAAGGCC